GGAUAACAUCUUUGCAAAAUUUUACAAGUCAAGUUGCUGUAAUGAGCAAUUAAAAAGUUUGGGGGCUAAAUGCUAAUAUAAUACACUGUGUAUGAUUGCAGGCCUCAUUCAGUCUUCUAGAAGUCGGAUUUGUAGUUGCGAUCUCCUUUCUCUCUCACUGACUCUCACUCUAACAAUGGCGAAGCUGUCGAAUCUUCCGAUAUAUGCAGCUCGCGUUUACUUUUUCCUCAUCAUCCUCCAAAUUCCGUUUUUCAGGAUACCAUGUAGAUCGGGUAUGUGUACAUCACCUAUCCAGAUCACAUCAAGCCAGCUAAUUGCAAGUGAGAUCUUUCCAUCAGCUGCAGUUAAAGGUCUUCUUUACCCAGGGGCUAUUUUUAAUGAGUUAGUCUACAACAUGAGUUUUCCAAGCUGGAAUAAUGUUCUUCAUAUUUACAAUUUGACUGAUAUAAAAGUAGUCUCAGCAAUACCUGAUCUACAACGCCUAGAGGUUCUAGCAGGAAGUUACUUCUCAGUGGCGGGAGCGUUUAUCGGUUUACUAAAGCCUCAAAGAAUGAGCAUGUUUGGGACACUUUUAAUUGUAUGGGGACUUGUGAAAGAAGGUUUACUGGGAAAACAACCGGUGAAUACGGACCCCACAAGAUCCGUUUACGUUUACCCAACGAUGCUAAUUGCAGUGCUUUGUGCUUUUUCUUCUGUUAAAUAUAACUUCCAAAAAGCCAUUGCAAAACCGGCUCCUCGUCCUUUAGCUAAACCCCUUAAAAGCUCAAAAAAAUCUAAGUUAAGAUGAGUUCACAACAUAUCGGUAGUUUUACACACUGGAUUCGUUUUGUAAAACUUUUUUUUUUUUAAAUUUAUGAUGCUGAAAUUGGAAAAGAUUAUAGAACAUGAUGGUUGUUCU